UAAGCGCCUCCGGAAAAUGAUGGACCGGGUGAACUGGCCGACGGUACGGAUAGCCGUCGCAUUUUUUCUGAUUGGCUUAUGUAACAAUUACGGGUAUGUCAUUAUGCUCAGCGCUGCUGAAGAUAUUCUGAGUGAGCAACACGGUAAAGUAAAGUCAAACGCAACGGAUUUAUGUCUGCCGGCAAUAACAAAACGAGAAUGCAAGCCACCAGUGGCAGAAGUACUACUCUCGGACAAUCUACCAAGUCUCAUUGUCAAACUGACUUUCCCAUUUUUCAUGGACAGAUUUCCUUUUGGGUUCCGAGUGGCAAUUGUUUGCCUACUGCAGGCCACCUCAUACUUCGUCGUCGCGUUUUCCGUUUCCAUUCCAAUGUCGUUAGCAGGCGUGGUUUUUGUUAGUUUGGGUGGAGGAUUGGGAGAGAUCACAUUCUUGGGAUUGUCUGCACAUUAUCAAAGAAUCGCAAUUGCUGGAUGGUCAUCUGGAACUGGAAUGGCUGGACUGCUGGGAUCAUUCUCCUACGCAUUCUUAACAGAACCACAUAUGGCUAACUUGACACCAAAAGUUGCACUUUUGAUUCAACUUUUCAUCCCGGUACUUUUCGCUUUUGCAUACUUCAUACUACUGAAAAAACCAGAGUCCGUGUAUUCUCCUACUCUUGAUCCAAAAUCAUGGAUUGUUCCGAAAGGAUAUGAUGAUUUUAUUGUCAGCGAACACAGAGUCCCACAGAGAGAACUCGGUCCUUCGGAUAGAUUAAAACUAAUCCUUCCUAUGCUUCAUCUAAUGAUUCCUCUGGCAAUCGUUUACGUAGGAGAAUAUAUGAUUAAUCAAGGAAUGACUCAACAAAUUGUUUUCGAUUGUGCUCAUGGUUUCAAUCUAUCACUUCAUAGUCAAUAUCGAUGGUAUCAAGUUUUAUACCAGUUCGGAGUUUUUGUAUCGAGAUCUUCAAUUAGACUAGUUGAGCUCCCAAUGUGGAUGCUUUAUCUGUUACCCUUUCUUCAGUUAACAAAUAUGUUAUUCUUUUUCUUCGAUGCAUUAUAUUGGUUUGUACCUCAAAUUGCCAUAAUCUUCGCGUUGAUCAUUUUCGAAGGAUUGUUUGGAGGUUCUUCGUAUGUCAACACAUUCCAUAAAAUUCAUAAUAAGGUUGAACCCGAUGUUCGAGAAUACUGUCUUUCCGCUGCUUCAAUGGGUGACAGUAUCGGAGUAAACUUCGCAGCAGGAGUAUCAAUCCCACUUCAUUACUGGAUGUGCGAUCAACCUGCUCGUCUAUAAUAUUAAAUAAAAUUCCAAAUUCUUUCACUUUUAUUUUGAUUCAAAUAUUAGACAAUUUAUAACCGGUUUACUUGCAAAACAGGACUAUAAAGUUUAACGAUCUG